AUGUCUUACCAAUCGACCAAGGCCCCACCGCCUUUUCGACGGACCCCUACAAAGUCGCCGGUACGAUCCUCGUUUGAGUCAGUGUCUUCGAAUACCCCACUGGACUUUUCUCUGCCGUCAUACCACUCGCCUUCGGAGAAGCUCCAACCACCACAGAAGGGAUCCAAGAGCAAACGAUAUGUCCUUGUUCUGGCCACAGCAGCACUAUGUUGCUUCAUGUACAUACUGGCCAUGUCUGCGCCUGAAAAGACUGGAAGUGAUGCUCUGGUGGCCCUCAAGAACAAGGUCUCGCAGUCAACAGAGACUCUCAAGCAGCUUAUCCCCGCCCAGCCGUUCGUAUGGUCCGAACCCACACCCAACUUCCACAGCUACGCCAUCGCCUACCUGCCACUCAACAAGAACAGCAAGUGCCGCCGACAGAGCCAGAUCACUGCCGACUUUGCAUCUCUGGAGGCUUCAGGCCGCGUAGAGGCCAUCCGGCUCUUUUCUACCGACUGCAAGGUCAUUCCGGCCUAUCUGGACUACCUCAAGAAUAGAGACUCGAAGAAGCGAAGCGUGGACUCCGCUCUCAAGCUAGUACUUGGAAUCGAGCCCAGUGCACUGGAAACCACUUCGGAUCUGGACUCCGAGGCCACGUCUCUCGAGCUGCUGACCAGAUCUGUCGACGCCCAGCUCAUGGACAUCAUCGACUCUCUGGACGAGUCUUCUUCUGCCACCGAGGCCUUUCUUCGACAGCUGGAUCUGAUCGUGUUGGGUUCCGAGGGCCUGGCCAACCAAAAUUACCAUCCCAAGGAGCUCGUCGAGGUCCUGGCUCACAUCCGACAGCGUCUCGACACUCUGUCUUCCGACAUUCGAAUCCCAGUCACCACCUCCGAGCCUCUGGGCAUCUGGGACGUGCUGACACCCAAGGAGCGACGAGACAACGUCCAGGAAAUGCUUGCACGACAGGACGGAGUGCACUCUGUCACUCCCGACGACAUUGAAGGCCCCACGGGUCUGUUUUGCGACUCCGUCGAUGUGAUUGGUUUGUCUGUCUCUCCCUUCAACAACCCUACUGUCGACGCUGCCCAUGCCGGUGCCGAGGUCGAGGAGUCUGCCUACCUUGCCUCGCUUCUGUGUAACAAGCCUGUGCUCGCCCUGGAGGUGGGAUGGCCCUCGGCUGGUUCGGAUAACGGCAACGCCAAGACCGGCAAGGACGAACAGCUACAAGCCGUGUCUAGUAUCACUGCUGCUGUUGAGCGAAUCUCCGGCAAGCCCCUGAGAUCCGUUUUGUAUCAGUACUUUGACGACGAGUGGCUGUCCGCAGACGAGGACUUUGCCCGCCAUUUCGGCCUGAAGCGGUUGUUCUGA